AUGGGAUGCAUUAGUGCCAAAGAUGUCCAGUAAUCCAUCAACAAAAACAUCUAUAAUAAUAUGAAACAAACGCAUAUCAUAGCCUUUGAUCAACUGUUUUUGUUGCAAUCCCAAUGUCUAAGAGACCUCGAUCUAUUACAGAAUAAGGUGAUUUCUAGGCGGAUCAAUAUGAUCAACAUCACGAAGGCUCAUCUUCUCAACAACCCCAAAUUGACUGACGCCUAUAAGUUGUGGACUUGGGGGGUUUCGCUUUGCAACAAGGGAAAUUCAAAAGGAAUGAAUGUACACUACAGUUUCAAUAAUCCUAACGAGUCCGUCGACAAGACUACUGCUUUCAAUUACAAUCUGGGGUCCUGCAAAGAACUCAGGUUUCAUUGGUUUGCUAUCAUCCUCAAGGAAUAUGUUGAAUAUGUAUAAAAUGCGAAAUAAUAAUAUCCAGAAGAUCGUCUCAAGGCCAAAGACAUUUAUGAAAAAUUAAAAACCAUGAAGGAACAAUCAUCAAUUUAUUUAAACACUUUAUCUCUAGCUGAGAGAACUGAGGCCUUUACCAACAUAGAAUAUAACAUGAGUAAAAUCAACAAGGGGUUGUUCAAUGCUGAUUAGUUCUAUAACAAUUUAAAGGAUUUAGACAUAGAAUUGGAAGCGUUGAUCCAAAAGAGUUAUCAAUAUGAAAGUGAAGCAGAUCAAUGGGGUAGAAAAUUGUAUCGUGAUCUUGAUGUGAUUCCAAUUGGCAACGAUUCCUAUAGAAUGAGAGCCAAAAUGAACAGUUUGGUGUUAUUGUAUCAUCCAGGCAAAAAGAGAACCUAAGAAGAGGAGGAUUACUAUUACAACAUCAAAUUGGAAAGGUCGAAAAUAAAGCCUAAGGUUUUGUUUAACGACGAGGAUGACAAACAAAAGAUAUUUCUAUUCAAAAUAAGAUGGACAGGGUGUUCUGAAGUGGAUGAGAAAUGGAGUGAAAUUGCAUUCAUUUUAGAGAAACACAGUGAAUAAAUUAAGUCAAUCAAGUAGAUUAGAAACAAAAUUAGAUAUGAAUUAUAAACCUAUAAGUAUGUGGAUGACAAUUUAAUUGAGGCCUGGAAGAUUUAUUGUCUCUCCUUAUUGACUGAGUUGAAGGAUGUAAAGAUUACAUUAAACAUAAGUGAUUAGGAAUCAGCAACUAAGAUUCUUAAAAAUUAAUAAGUUUUGAAUGAGAAUUUGGAAUUACAAACCAAAUUGUUUAGUGAAUACUUCUUCACAAUUAGACCCUCGUAAUAGAAGAAAUUGAAAGAAUAUUGGAGGAAAUUGGACUUUGACAAAUAAUGGAUUCAGGGAUCGUUCAUGAAAUCUGAUCAAUUCAAAAUGAUGCAUCACCAAAAUCAAUACAACAUGAUGACAAAUCAGGCCAAGAACAUCUAUGAAUUCACUACUUAGAAUCCUUUGUAUCAAGCCAUCUAUCAGAAGAAAUACUUGAAAUUGGAGAAGGAGGCCGAAGAUUUGUUCACCAAAGGGAUAGCUAUAUUCGAGGAGAUGGAGAGACUUUAUGAGCAGUAUAAGAUAGACAAGGAUGUAGACAAAUUAAUGAAACAAGAAUUAAGGAGCAAUGAUGUUAUUUUAAAGAAAUAAUCUAAACUUUCCAAAUAUAAUUGA